CCUGUACUCUUUGUGUGACUCGGCAAGAGCUCGUCGCCAUCCACCAGCCCGCCUGGCUCGUUCGUUCCAUUCCGCUUCUGUCCUCCCCCUCGUUCAACAACAUGACGGAGCUCCUCGCCUAAAUAUCAACUCGUUUUCGACAACCCGCCGUGAAGGAAUCUUUCCAGCCGAAACGCCCGGAAACCACCGCCGCAAACGGGAGGUGGGGGGAGCUGAGUUCACAAUGACCAACGAGGAGCCUUUGCCCAAAAAGGUUCGCCUCAGUGAAUCUGACAUGAAGACCUUGACCCGAGAGGAGCUGUGCACACGGUGGAAACAGCACGAGACGUACGUGCAGGUCCUGGAGUCCAAAUAUGCAGAGCUUUGUUCCAAUGACGUACCAGGCCUGAAGGAAUCUGAGGAGAAGCUCAAGCAGCAGCAGCAGGACUCUGCCCGUAGGGAGAACAUCCUGGUCAUGCGGCUUGCCACCAAGGAGCAGGAGUGCACAACGCACAUCCAGUACCUGAAGCAAGCCCAGCAGCCCAGCGCGGCCCAACUGCGCUCGUCCAUGGUGGACCCGGCCAUCAACUUGUUUUUCCUCAAAAUGAAGGCCGAACUGGAACAGACUAAAGACAAACUGGAGCAGGCCCAAAAUGAACUGAGUGCCUGGAAAUUUACACCUGAUAGCCAGACGGGGAAGAAGCUGAUGGCCAAGUGUCGGAUGCUGAUCCAGGAAAACCAGGAGCUGGGGAAACAGCAGUCGCAGGGGCGCAUCGCCCAGCUGGAGGCCGAGCUGGCACUGCAGAAGAAGUACAGUGAGGAGCUGAAGAGCAGCCAAGAUGAGCUCAAUGACUUCAUCAUCCAGCUGGAUGAGGAGGUGGAGGGCAUGCAGAGCACCAUCUUGGUGCUGCAGCAGCAGCUCAAGGACACCCGGCAGCAGCUCACUCAGCCUCCUCAGGGAGUCUGCGCAGGGCCCAGCAGGACGUCAGCGACCGCCGAGCCGGCCGUCCCCAUGGAGCAGGGCGCCUCCUCGGACCCUGCCGGCAAAGACUUCGGGCGGGUGUCCAACGGGCCCAGCAAGGCGGCCGCUUCCCAGAAAGGCGCCGCCGCGCCCGCCCUCUACCGGGAGGUCAGCAGCACUGAUGAAGACUUCGCCAUGUCUCCCAUGGCGUCCAGCCCCGGUGAAGCCGAGACCAAACUGUCCAACCACUCGGAGGAGGUGUCGGGGAGUCAUGGCGGGGCCCGGAGUGGGGCGCCGGUCGCUUUGAGCGCAGGCUACGAGAGCGUGGACUCUCCGACGGGCAGCGAGACCUCAUUGACUCAGCACUCGAACGACACGGACUCCACCACCGAUCUCCACGAGGACAAGGCUGCUGCCCAAGUCAGCAAGGGCACCAGGACUUCACGGCACGCUCAAAACGGCCUGGACUCCACCGCAAGCGACGGUGCCGUUUUGUAAUGUACCCCUGAUUAAAAAAAACGUAUGGUCUUUUUUUUUUUUUUAUACAGAACAAGAUGACAAAUGCAUAGUGUGUAAUACAGCGUUGCUGUCAGGCACUUUGUUUUCCUGCCCUUCCCCUUUUGCUUCUCGUGAAACACAUUUGGGAACAUGGGAGAUGGUUAAUGUUAGAUGCAAUUGAGCGGAUGUUUGAUUUAAAACAAAAAAAUACACUAGUAUGUUUCAGUCUGCUGUUCAUUUGAGUUGGCCAUUCACAUCCACUGUUUUAACUUGUCAAGUUCAAGAAUUGUGGCAUAAACAUCUCACUUAGCUCACCUGUGUUCAUAUUUUUUUAUUUCAAUUUUAAAAUUUCAUUUAAAAAAAAAAAAAAAUGUUCAAAUUCUUCUGUGAGUAGUUUCUAUGAGAUGUUCAUAUUCUGACUUCAGUCCUUUUCAUGUACUGACCAAAUACAAAUAAAGGAUUUUAAUACAAA